CGGGUUUGGACCAUGAAAGUCUCCAUAUGCCAUUGGAAGCGAUCUGGGGCGAAACGAACCGAAACGAACGAAGCAAAUGGAAAGCCGUUGGCCCAAGAAGCAAAUUCUAGUCAAGCUGUUCUGCAGUAUAUGAUGUAACAAUGUGUUCUGGAGAAUUUUCUUCGCUGUUACACAGUGAUGGGAGGUGCCGUUGCUUGCGUCAAUAUGGACAAUGCGACAUUCCACCUGUGAGGGAGGGAAUGUGCUACACCCAAGUUUCUGCGGGAGGUUAUCAUUCAGUGCUUCUGCAAAGUGAUGGAAAUGCCGUUGCUUGCGGAUUGAACAGACAUGGGCAAUGCAACAGUCCGCCCGUUGAAACCUCCGGCGGUUGCUACCUUUUUGAGUUUGGCAAAGACUACAUUCUGCAAGUGGACAUCACCUUCAAAGAUGAUGCAGUGGUGCUUACAUGCUUGGAUUUGGCCGGGAGGUCUUGUGCGUUUUCGGGCAGUCUGACCUGGACGACGGGAGACGCACCAACGCAUUGCACGUGACUUGCAAGUUAGCCCAAAUCUUCGAUUGCUCGUUCCUGACGGACAGUUCAGUUGUUGGCCUCGAUAUGCGGGGCAACUCCAUUGGCCACCAUCUCGGAUUUGGGUUGAGCCCACCAUCGCGGGCCUCACGGUCUGGCGGGUUCUCGUUCGGCGGGUUCUUCCCUGUUCCCUUGCUGCUCGAGGAAUGGGCUCACAUCCACCGGAUCCAAAUGAGGAGACACCUGGACCCUCGCCCUGGAUGGGUAGAGUAUGGUAGACGGGUCUACUAACUUCCGAAGCGGACUCAGGGGGUCGGAACACCACGCUGAGGGGUCGGUUUCCUAGGCGACACACCCAAAUCAACUUGACACUGUGCAAGUUGAGGCCUCCACAGUCUCCACUUGGUCCACGAACAUCUCCGAACAUCUACACACCUCAGAUACACCCUGUUUCCCCAAAGGUAUGGGGGUUCCAAACCAUUGAUUUGUAGGUGGGCAGGUUGUUUUGCUGAUCUUUCGACCUGUAUGUUUUCAUGUCUUUUAUUUUUGAUGUGGCCCGAUGCAUAGUCUGGAUGGUCCCCCCAACUGUUUAUCACUUUUUGGUACCG